CAUUACUUUAGAGUUGAAAAUGUUCGACGCUAUGAGAAACAGUUGCAACAACAGCAGCAGCAACAGCAACAGCAGCAGCAACAGCCUCAUCAACUACAACCACAGUCCGUUCAACAUACACAAUUUAAACUACCCGAAACAGUCAAUUGGGCUAGACAAGCUUCAAAUGAUACAUUUCAACAUAAACCACAAAUGAAUUUUGCUGAUAUACAGAAAGAAGAAGAAUUGAACAUGAAAAAUCAACCCAAAACUGAAUCACAACCAAUUUUGCAACGAUCCAAAAAGGAACAGUCACAAGCGCAAAAACCAAAUUCAUGGGCACAAACAUUAUUUUCAUCAUCGUUAUUGAACGAUUACGAACCAUCUGACAGUUUACUCCAGCCUCCACCGUCUGCAUCCGCUACUGCAACAUCUAAUAUUCAAAAUUACAAUCAACAAGCAACAUCUGCGGUACUAUCCAUUUUAAAUAUUAAUCCGAAAGCUAAUGAAAAGCGUGAUAAUAUUAGUCAACGUUCGCCUCAACCUGUCUCAAACUCACAAAAAUCGGCCUGGAACACAAAUAUGAGUCUUACCCAAAAAUCAUUACAUGAUAUACAAAUGGAACAAGCAGCAUCAAAUCAACACCAACCUGCAAAUGAAUUACCAUCAUCGAAUCAAAAACAACAGCAGCAGCAUAUUUUCAGUCAAGUUGGAACAAGUUCUGGAGGAUUUAGUUUUUCAUCGACGCCACAGACCGGUCAAGUAUCAGGAGCAACACCAUGGGGCAUAUUUCAACAGCCCCAACAAUCUCAUCAACAACAGCAACAAACAGCAUUUUGGGAAGAACAACUAAAACCUACUACAAAAAAGUUUCAACCAUCAUCUACUCCAUGGACGGAUUCCAGUAAUUCAUCGUCAUCAUUACGUCAGAAUAAUCCGCAAUCAUCAUCAUCAACUCGAAAUACUGAAUUAUCUAAAGUUGAAAUGGAAACCAAAAAUUUGUUCGCCACGGCACGUAGCAUUGAUGCAUUAUCUAAAUGGACUCAAGCUCAAUUUGAACAUAAUUCGCACGCUGUCGAUGUUCCAACGUUGGUAUCGCUAUUGAAAGAUAUCGAUAAUGUUGAUGAAAUUGUUGAAUAUGUGCAACCUUAUAUUAUGGGUUCAACGGACAAAGCUGCACAAUUUGCAAAAGACUUUGUUGCUAAACGAAGACAAUUACAAAAUGCAGAACCAAACCUUGAUGGUCAAGAUUUAGAUGAAUUAGCUAUGUCAACAACUGAUGAAGGCUUUCAAUUUGCAUCAUCGAAUGGAAAUAAGAAAAAACAAAAAAAAAUGAAAGGUCAAAAAAUCGAUGUUAAACAACUUGGCUUUACGGUACAAAAUACAGAGAAUCGUGGUGAAAUUGAAAAAGUACCAAUGUGA